AUGGCCAAAGAUAAAAAGAAGAAGGAAACAUCUCCAUCCUCUUCCUCUACAUCUAAUCUUUCUGAUGCUCCAACAAGAAUUUCUAUUUCGUCAUCUGACUCUGGAUUUUCAAAGAAUAGUCAAGAUGACCAAAGCUUUGGUGAAGGAGAAGAAUAUAUCCCAGGUGCUUCAUCAUCAUUGUUAUCAGCUUCCUCUGCUGCUAAUUCAAAGAAAAAACAUAGAUUUUCCAUUCGUAAUUUAUUAGGAGGUAAGAAGGAAUCCUCAAAGGAAUUGAGUCCUGGCAGAAAUUCCGUUACCCAAUCAACAGGUUCUCUAGAUGAGAUGAAAAAGGCAGGAUUGAGUGGUACAAAUAUUGGUGUUUCACUUGAUGUUCCAACUUUGGACACUUCUUCCUCAAGUGAUCAAGCUCUCUUGGAUUUACAAAAGAGAAUCAAGGAAUCUGAUGUUAAUGGAACAAGUUCAAUGUCUCCUUCCUCUCCAAGUGGUUCUACUUCUGCCAGGUCAAAUAAUUCCCCUCGUGUCUCUUCACCAAUUGCUUCAUCAACUGGUUCUCCACGCACUAAUCUUGCUUCCAAUGAAAAGAUUAUUCAAAUUGAUGAAUUUGAAAGAUUAAAGAAUUGUGAACAAGAAUUGGCAACCAAAUUGAAUGAAAUUAAAAAUUUUGAAGAAGAGUUGGCUCAAACUAAUGCCAAACACAAGCAAGAAUCGGAAGAAAAAGAAGGUCAAUUACAACAACUUAAAAAGAGUAUUGAGGUAUUGACCAAUCAAUGCGAACAAUUGAAGCAAUCCAUUUCCAAUUCUGCUCCUGUUGAAACUCAACAACAACCAACGAGUGGUGUGGUUGAUAUAUCACUUGUUGACCAAUUAAAGAAGGAAAAUGAAGAAAAAUUGCAACAAGUCAAGAAUGAACAUGCUACUCUCUUAGAACAAACAAAGAAGGAUCUUGCAACCGAGUUGGAUCAAGUGAAGAAACAAGUUGAAACUCUUCAAACCAGUAUUACUCAAUUAACCAAAGAAAAGCAGGAACAAGAAACCAAGAUUAAAGAAUUGACUUUAGAAAAUGAAGGUUUAAUGGAUGACUUGGUGAAUUUGGAUUCUAGGGCUUCCGACGUUAAAAAAACAUUGGAAAAGAAGAAUAAGGAUCUUGCUACUGAAGUUGAUGAACUAAAGAAGAAACUCCAAGAACAAACAUCCACCGAAAAAAAGGAAACUCAAAAGGCCAUCCUUGAACAAAGUGAAAAAGUUGUCUCAAACACAACUGGAGAUCAUGCUGAAAAGGUUAAGGCAGAAUUUGAAAAAUUGAAACGUUGGAAUCAAGAACUCAAUGAUAUCAUGUCCACUAUUGAGAAAGAACGUGAUCAAUUGGCCUUGCAAGUGGAAGAGCUCAAGAAGAAGCUUGAAGAGUCCUCCGAAACAACCAAAAAGGCAGUGCCAACAUCAGGUGAAGAUGCUGAUGCCGAAGAACCAGCAGAUAUAGAAACUCUCUUGAAGAAUUUGGAAGAAAUCACAUUGGAAAGAGAUGUCCUUGAAGAAUUACGUCAAGAAGAACUUUUGGAAUAUGAAAAGGAAAAGGAAGAAUUAGCUGGUGAAAUACUGGCUCUUAAGGAAGAAUUGGAAAAGAUUAAUGGAAGUCAACCAUCCUCUACACCUGUUGCCACAACUCAACCUCUUGUAGAUACAACAGAGUUGGACAAUUUGAAGAAACUUGUUCAAUCUCUCCAGUCAGAGAAUCAAGAAUUAAACAAGGUGUCAAGCAAGUCAGAACCAGAAAAGAUUGUAGAACAAGUUGAAAGGGUAGUUGAGAAGGAAGUCGAGAAAAUUGUUGAAAAAGUUGUCGAAAAGAUUGUUGAAAAGGAAGUUGAAAAGAUUGUAGAGGUUGAGAAGAUUAUUGAAAAGCUUAUUCCUGUUGGAGAUGGUGAAGCCAGUGUUGAAAUUAACAAUUUGAGAGAACAAGUUGAUAAUUUGGUAACUCAACUCGAUCAAACUCAAGAACAAGUGAGAGAUUACGAAAAACAAUUUGAGAGUGAUCGUUUGAUUUUGGAACAACUCAAGAAGGAAUUAUCUGCUGAAACUCAAAAGGCCAAGAAUGCUGAAAGUGAGCUCAAGAAGGCCAAGAACGAACUUGAAAAGCAAGUUUCUUCUGUUUCUACUGCCUCUGCCAUUGUUACUAAGCAAGAAACCUCCAGUGCACCAACAGAAAAUACCAUCCAAGAACAACCAUCCAUCCCAGAGUCAUCAGAAUCAGCUGUCACCAGUGAAGAAUCAGCCUCUGUCAGACCAGCAUCUUUUGAGGCUCCUGUCAUUUCCUCCUUAGAAAAGGAAGACUUGUACAAGAUUCGUUCCAAGUAUAGUUAUUAUGACUCUGAUGAAGAACACAACUCUGUUCCUCAACAACCAGUUGCUGCCGUACCAAUUAAAAAAGAAGAACCAGAAGAAGAGGAAGAACCAGCUAGAGACGAUGAAGACGAAAUUUAUCAAGAUGAACUCAAAAAAUUCGAAAAGGAUUUGGAUAAGAUGUUGAGUAAAACAUCUAUCAAUCUCUCCAAAGGAAAGAUUACCUCACUCAAAGAACUCGAAUUGUUAUGCAUCAAGUUGAAAUUCAACAAGAGUGUUAAAAUUUUGGACUUGUCAAGCAAUACUUCCAUUGAUAAUAGAGGUUUAAAGAUUAUUUGUGAUAUGCUUCGAUGGAAUACUGCUGUAACUGAUCUUUAUCUCGAAGACACUAGUAUUACAACCCUCAAUCCUCAUCUUUUUGAUGUUUUCAAUGAAAAUUUCAAACUUACCAAUGUUGCCUUCUCAGAAGAUUACAUCCCAAGUGCAGAAUUAGACAAAUUGGAUACUCUAUUAGACAGAAAUGAAACCUACUAGUUAAACUACUAAAACAUUCGACUCAACUUUAAGAAGAUUAAUUUCUUUGUACAUAAAUUUUCUUUAACUUC